CUGUUCAUAAGUUGGCAGCCCUAAUCAGCUGAUUGACUCACAAUCUUGGAACUAAACUCAUAAAUUGAGAUAGAAUUUGUGCUUUAAAUCAAAAUAAGAGAUAAUACAAGCCUGCAAAUAUGAUUGUUUCGCGCCUGGCCUUUCCCAUUAACCUGGCCCUACAAAAACUUUCGCGAAGGGUCGCGGAAAACCCUGGUAACCUAAGGAUCCUGCAGCGCCACAUGUCCAGUGUGUACUUCCGGAGCGGAGCCAUUAAGCCCAAACCCGAAGAGAUGCCCUUCGGACUACUGGCUGUCUUCUGUGCCGUUAUCCCGGGUCUAUUUGUGGGUGCCACCAUCAGCAAGAACGUGGCCAACUUCCUGGAGGAGAACGAUCUCUUCGUGCCCGCCGAUGAUGACGAUGACGAGGAUUAGGUCCUAAAAGCAAUUGCAAUCUUCAUGUGGGAGUGCCUCCUAGUCGGGAUGAGUAUGUUAGCUUGGAGCCGUUGUCCCACUCAGAAGAUCUUUACAAUCGGCCAAAAGUUUAUUCAUCUAUCUUUUUCAAUAUAAAACGAUGUAUACUUUUAAGGUCCCACAUUUUUAGCAUUUUGUGUGUUUCAUUAUAUGUAUGUAUUCUGCAAAUCCCGCUUUGAUAUUUUUGACAAACCAAUUGUUAACCACGCUCGAUAUAUUCACGAAUGUUACUAGACUUAAAUAAACUUUUUUCAACUAUGCUAA